ACCUAACACGUCACUGUCAUACGUUUGUACAUUCAAUAGUGCACCAGUGUUACCACUGUGCAGUAAUUAAUGAGAGACUGCGUUGGAAAGUAUGAGGAGUCCCACCCACCUUCGUUAUAUACAUACAGGGACUGAGCUUGAAAGAUAGACCAGCGCGGGCAGGAAGAGACGUCUAGCAAACCAAAAACCAUAAACCAUGAGUUAUCCAGGAUACCCCGCUCAAGCCGGAGGCUAUCCACCCCAGGCAGGAGGUUACCCACCCCAAGCCGGAGGCUAUCCACCCCAGGCAGGAGGUUAUCCACCCCAGGCAGGAGGUUAUCCACCCCAGGCAGGAGGUUACCCACCCCAGGCAGGAGGUUACCCACCCCAGGCAGGUGGCUAUCCCCCUCAAGCAGGUGGCUAUCCACCACAGCCUGGAGCUGGAGGGUACCCAGCCAUACCCCCAGCAGAUAGUUGGGGAGGUGGUGCUGGUUUCCCCACCUUUGGUCUUGAUAAUCUGUCCAACCCUGGAUUCAACGCAGGCAAUCUCCCAGCCAUGCCAGGAGGACAGAUGCCCCAGCCUCAAGGCCCAGGCAUGGGCUAUCCAGGCCAGCCCAGGCCUGGCUACCCACGGGCACCCUCACCCAACCCCUCCAUGCCUGGUUACGGAGGAGGACCAGCGCCUAAUCAGCCCAUGCCAGUGUACCCUCAAGCCCCGUCGCCCAACCCGUCCAUGCCUGGAGGUGGAGCCAUUCCAGUCUCUCCUGCCAUCAAUAGAGGAUUCCGGGGAAGCAUCAAGGAUCAUCCGGGAGCAGACCCACUGAGAGAUGUGGAGGUUCUGAGGAAAGCCAUGAAGGGCUUUGGUACUGAUGAACAGGCCAUCAUAGACCUGCUAGGGAGUCGCUCAAACAUACAGCGUGUUCCCAUGCUCGCGGCCUUCAAAACUUCCUACGGAAAGGAUCUGGUUAAGGAUCUGAAGUCAGAGCUGUCAGGGAACUUUGAGAAGCUGGUGCUGGCCAUGUUGAAGACCCCAGCCCAGCUUGAUGCAUACGAACUCAAAGAUGCCAUUAAGGGUGCAGGGACAGACGAGGCUUGUCUGAUAGAGAUCCUGUCCUCUCGCUCCAACGCAGAGAUCAGAGAGAUCAGCAUGGUCUACAAAACAGAGAAUAAGAAGUCACUGGAAGAUGCCAUUAGUGGGGACACCUCAGGACACUUCCGUAGACUCCUCAUCUCUCUGGCCCAGGGUAAUCGAGAUGAAAGAGAGACAGUGGACAUCUCUGUAGCCAAACAAGAUGCCCAGGCCCUGUAUGCUGCUGGAGAGAACAAGGUGGGAACAGAUGAGUCCAAGUUCAAUGCCAUCCUGUGCGCCAGGAGCAAACCCCACCUCAGAGCAGUGUUCCAUGAGUAUCAGCAGAUGUGUGGCAGAGAUCUAGAGAAGAGCAUCGACAGAGAAAUGUCUGGAGACCUGGAGAGUGGAAUGGUGGCCGUGGUCAAGUGUAUUAAGAACACACCCGCUUAUUUUGCAGAGAGACUUUACAAGGCCAUGAAGGGGGCCGGGACCAAGGACAAAACCCUGAUUCGGAUAAUGGUGACCCGUUCCGAGGUGGACAUGUUGGAUAUCCGUCAGGAAUACGCCAAGACAUAUGGCAAGUCGCUCUACACAGACAUCUCUGGAGACACUUCAGGGGACUAUAAGAAACUGCUGUUAAAGCUGUGUGGAGGGAGCGACUAGAGGAACCAUGUCAGAUUUCUUUACAGGACGUCCCCCACACUAUAUCUCCAAUGUUUACAUAUAUACCCAUUUACUGACUAGCCUAUAAUAGUAAUAUAUAUAUAUAUAUAUUCCUAUCUAUCUAUCUAUGCAUGCACCACAGUCAGCAAUACAGCAUGCCAUGCCAUCCAUUUUCUUCAAUGCAACUUUUAGCACAUGUUAUGAUAUGAGAACCUCCAAUCAUAAAAGCUGUUCCUUUUCUAUAUUUUGUAUGAGCAAGAAAGUACAUGUUUUUCCAUAAGUGUAAUAUCAGUGCUGGAUAUUAUAACUUAGUCAGGGUAAAAAUGCCCUAAAGGUGCAACGUGCAACUUUGAUUAGAUUAGAAUUGGAAUUUAAAUCAAUAUAUUUUAUUUUAACAAGCCUGUGCCAAUAUUAUGCAUAUGUAAUUGUAAAAGUUAACUAAGUAGUAAUUGGUUUAGUUGAGAAAUGUUAAAUACAUGACUCUGAAGUCAGAAUACUUAGCAGCUUAAGUACCAAAAUGUUCAGUUUAUAUUUGUGUUUAUAUGGUGUGUGUGUACACUAUCAUUGUGUUUUUUUGUCUGCUGUUUGCUACAAUCUCUUUGAGCAUAUCUGUCAAUCUGACUUCUAACUAAAAUCUCAUUGCAUCACAUUUCAGUAACAGUGCUCUGAUUUAAUAUUACAUCUGAAAAUAAAUGUUGAGAAAAACC